AUGGCCACACCGCCGAACAACGGAUCUGUCGAAAAGUCCAGCAACCCGCUCAAGCGGGUUGACCUUGACGGACACGACCUUCCCCCGUCUCCUGCGCCCUCCAGCCCCCGCAACGGCCGUCGCCGCUAUGCCCUCGCCACAGAGCUGGUCUAUACCGAGAGCAAUGAUCAGUAUGGCGCUUCCAGCGUUCCCAUCUACCAGUCUGCAACAUUCAAGCAGUCGAGUGCUACUGGUGGAGGUGAGUACGACUACACGCGCUCGGGCAACCCGACGCGCACUCACUUGGAGCGCCAUUUGGCCAAGAUCAUGAAUGCGACAAGAGCUCUCGCCGUUGGCUCCGGCAUGGGCGCCUUGGACGUUAUCAGCCGCCUGCUGCGCCCGGGCGACGAAGUCAUUACGGGAGAUGAUCUGUACGGAGGUACCAACCGACUUCUUACAUAUCUUUCUUCGAAUCAGGGCAUCGUCGUGCACCACGUCGAUACUACCCACGUCGACUCUGUCCGACAGGUCAUCUCUGACAAGACGGCCAUGGUUCUUCUCGAGACGCCGACGAACCCUCUUAUCAAGAUUGUUGACAUUCCGUCCAUUGCUAAACUGGUUCACGAUGCCAACGAGAAAGCUCUGGUCGUCGUUGACAACACCAUGCUCUCUCCCAUGCUUCUGAACCCGCUGGAUAUUGGCGCCGAUAUUGUUUACGAGUCGGGCACCAAAUAUUUGUCGGGUCAUCACGAUAUCAUGGCUGGAGUCAUUGGUGUGAACGACUCAUCCAUCGGAGAUAAACUGUACUUCACCAUCAACUCCACCGGCUGUGGCCUCUCGCCCAACGACUCGUUCUUGCUCAUGAGAGGCAUCAAAACCUUGGCUAUCCGCAUGGAGAAGCAGCAAACCAAUGCUCAGCAAAUCGCAGAGUUCCUCGAGUCUCAUGGCUUCAAGGUCCGCUACCCCGGACUCAAGUCUCAUCCCCAGUAUGAGCUUCACUGGUCCAUGGCGCGUGGUGCUGGUGCCGUUUUGUCUUUCGAGACGGGCGAUGCCGCUCUGUCAGAGAGGAUUGUUGAAGCUGCCAAACUGUACAGCAUCAGUGUCAGUUUCGGUUGUGUCAAUAGUUUGAUCAGCAUGCCAUGCCAGAUGAGCCACGCCAGCAUUGAUGCUAAGACUCGCAAGGAGCGGCAGAUGCCGGAAGAUCUCAUUCGACUGUGCGUUGGAAUUGAAGACGUCACUGACCUCAUUGAGGAUCUCUCAAGAGCUCUUGUUCAGGCAGGAGCUGUUAAUGUAACCCUUGACGGCUUCCAUGCCACAUCGUCCGUCCGGCAAGCUGGAGAGACCUCGGUAUGA